AUGAGAGUUUCGAUCCGUUCUCUUCCCUCUUCCCAGCACUUAUCCAAGGCUCUGGCGCUGUCCUGCCUUCUCUGCUGCACCAUCCGCCGGACACAAGGGUUUGCUUUCUCGUCGAAUUGUGCUUCACGACAAAACAACUGUCGCCGUGGCCGGCCUUCACCAGCCACAGCAGUUGAUGUUGGGAGAGGGAGUCGUGCGGCGGAGGACUUCCGCACCGGCUACGUGACCAUCGUCGGCAGCCCCAACGUGGGCAAGAGCACCCUGAUGAACAACAUGAUCGGGGACAGGCUCUCGAUCGUCACCCCCAAGGCGGGCACGACCCGUCACCGCAUCACGGGGAUUAUGACGGGAGACGACUUCCAGAUGAUCUACCAGGACACGCCCGGCGUCCUCACGCCCGCCUACAUGCUGCACGAGGGCAUGAUGAAUUUUGUCCAGGAAGCGAUGGGCGACGCCGACGCGAUUCUGUUCGUCACGGACCUCUUCGAGACCGAGUUCGCCAACACGCAGAUUUUCGAGCGGAUGCUGGCAGCAGGGAAGCCUAUCGUGGUGGCUGUCAACAAGGUGGACCUUCUCCCUUCCGACGGCAAGAGCGGGGACGGCCCCGAGCGCCCGGGGUUGCUGGCCGCAAGCACCCAGAAGGAGGUGGGGUCUCUGAAGGACGUGCUGGGCAAGUGGGAGGAGCGCCUGCCGGGGGCGACCGUCCUGCCCAUUUCCGCGCUGGAGGGUAUCAACACGGUCGAUCUCGCAGGCGAGCUCAAGAAGCACAUCCCGGAAGGACCCCCGCUGUUCGGCACCGACGUCAUGUCGGACAAGCCGCAGCGCUUCUUCGCGGCGGAGAUCAUCAGGGAACAGAUCUUCGGGAGCUUCUCGCAAGAGAUCCCGUACUCGUGCGAGGUGCUGCUGGGCAAGUUCAAGGAGAGGAUGGUGGAGACCGUCAUUGACGCGACGAUCGUGGUGUCUCAGGAGUCUCAGAAGGGGAUGGUGAUCGGCAAGAAAGGGGCCAAGAUCAAGGAGGUUGGCAUCAAGGCCAGAGUGGCCUUGGAAGAGCACCUGGGCACUCGGGUGAACCUCCGACUAAACGUGAAGGUGGACAAGAACUGGAGGCGAAAAAAGACGUCGCUCAAGGAGUACGGAUACAUGUCGUGAUCUGUGAUUGCUUGGCUGCUGCGAUCAUACGCGACCUGCCUGAUCCACGCGUCUUAAUUCGCGCUGUGUGGGUAACUGUAUGUCUCCCUUGUGGUAUUCUAGUCUCUGAUUGUGUUGCAUGUCGUUGUUCGAGUACGGAUCCAUGUAUUGACACGAUUAUGUCUCGGAAGGGCUCUCCUCAACACCCUGUUCUGUGAAAUCCGGUAAUGAUUCAUGUGGUGGACUAACGCAGACUAACGUCUCGAGGUUGCCUGCACAGCGUCGGGCACCCAAUGGAUAAAAGAGAACAAUUUGACAAGAGACAUUGCUGUGUUUGGGUGAGGAGACAAGUACACAGCUUCUUCGCAGUAUUCUUGCGCUUCUUGCUGACCGGGCCCUUGGAUUCCAAAACGUUCGAAUUUUGGUUGAAUUGCUCGUCUUGGUGCGUGUUCACCCCGUCUACGGUUUUGAGUGCAUCCACCCGAACGCGUGAACCCACAGUCAACUUGUUUGUUCUCAC